CUCCCUCAAAGCCCAAUGCAAAGCUCCGUCACUCGAAGUCCAUUACAGACCGAUACUCUUCUCUCUUGCCAUCUCUCCCAAACGAACCACAACUCGCCAGCCGCCGCCGAACUCGAUCUGCUCCUGCCCAAACAACCUCACCGCGACGUCAUCGCCUCGCCAGUCGCCUCUGUAGUCUGUACCACCCGGAAAUCGAUCCUCACUGAAAUCGAACCUCACCGCUCGCCAGCCGCCGCCGAACUCGAUCUGCUCCUGCACAAACAACCUCACCGCGACGUCAUCGCCUCACCGCCCAGCUCACCGCUCCUGUCUCCAGCAUCUCUAGCCAUCCCCCAACUCUCUCGCUGCCGGGCCAACUCACCGCGCCCAUCGCCUCCUCCAGCCUCCAGUUCAGCUCGCGUCUCCAGUCUCUUUAGCUACCGGAAAUUUAGCAUACCUCCUCAAAACUUCAAGCCAGGGAGCUGCAACUCAGCUAUAUGUGGCUCUGCAUCCGCAAGUGACAAGGGUGUCAGGGGAAUUCUUCAAGGACAACAACUUAUCCAAACUGGGAAAUCGAGCAUAAACUCGGAGCCCGUGUUGUGUUCAAAAAGAAUAGAUUGGGCUUGGAGAUUUUGUUUCCCCUUCCUUCGCCCCUUGGUCAUUUAGUUGGUGGCUGCUCAAGUUCGGUCAAGUUAGGAGCAUAGGAAUCGAUUCUGAGGAAAGGGGUCCUCGCGUUCACGGCGAUUGCACCAGCCCUAGCUCCGAGUAAAAAGCAUAGAGGAGCGGUUUCCGGCGGUCGAACUGGAAUUUAACCACAGUGCUGGUCCUAGAGUUUACAGGCGAGGUAUCUCUCUCUCUUCCCACUUCCAUACCUUCUAUAUUCGUCAGAUUAGAGUUCAUGAAUCAGUAUGUAUACAUUAGAGUUCAUAGUGUCCUCAGAACAAAGAUUCUUCUGUUUGCAACCCUUAUUAGUCAGAUUGUUUGAGUGUUAUUUGGCUAGACUUUAGAAUGAAUGAGUAGCGAAUUU